AUGACCGAAAACAUGGAGCCCGAGAAAUUGCCUGAGAGCCUUGUCGACCCAAAGGAAGAAUAUCCUCCUCUAAAAUUGGUUAUCCCUGCAAUGGUUGCUCUAUAUCUUGCAGUAUUUUUGAUUGCAAUUGAUAGGACAAUUCUCGGCACUGCAGUUCCUCGAAUAACGGAUGAAUUCAAUAGCUUUGGAGACAUUUCUUGGUAUGAAUCCGGCUUUUUGCUUCCUCUUUGCAUGCUUCAAUUAUCCUUCGGUCUCGUAUAUAUAGUACUCACUGCCCUCGUCAUCAUUUUUGAAAUUGGUUCUAUUGUCUGUGCAACUGCAUCUAGUUCCAAAGCAUUGAUUGUUGGACGAGCUAUCACCGGCAUUGGUGGUGCAGGCAUCGCUUCCGGGGCUCUCAUUUUAAUCAAUCUUCUCGUUCCUCUCAGUUCUAGGCCAAAAUAUUCGGGCGGGAUUGGCGCGAUGUUUGGAUUGGCCUCCGUCAUUGGGCCUCUUGUGGGAGGUUAUUUAACAGCCAUCACUUGGAGAUGGUGCUUUUGGAUCAAUGUACCGAUUGGCGGAGUGGCGGUUAUUGUGCUUAUUCUGUUGUGCCCCAAUAGACCACCGCCCUCAACGCCGGCUCCAACUUUAUAUGGCAAAGUAAAACAACUCGACCCAAUUGGAUUCCUUUUGAUCGCUCCGGGAAUUGUGUGCUUACUGUUCGCACUCCAAUGGGGUGGUCAGAAAUAUCCUUGGGGUGAUGGCCACAUUAUCGCGCUAUUUGUCAUGGCUGGUGUUCUCUGUCUUGCUUUUGUCGCGUCUCAGGUCUGGCAGGGUGAUCAAAGAACAAUUCCUGCCAGAAUCAUCUCUCAGAGAACCAUGAUAGCCGCCUGCUUUGCAUCAGUGGGAAUUGGUUCGAUUAUGGUGGUGUACUCUUUUUACCUGCCGAUUUGGUUCCAAGGAAUCCAAGGGAAAUCCCCGCAAAGCGCCGGACUGUCACUGUUGCCUCUUCUGUUAUCUCAGGUGGUCCUGGUUAUAUUGGGCGGUAUAGUGACGAGUGUCUGUGGGUAUUACACCCCAUUGCUCAUUCUUGGUGGUGCUAUAUCGAUUGUGGGGUCAGCGCUCAUCACAACCUGGGAGAUCAUUGCAGGAGUGGGGUUCGGUCUUACUCUGCAACAACCAAACAUUGCAGCCCAAACCGUGCUUUCUAAAGCCGAUGCACCUAUUGGGCUUUCGGUAUUGACCUUCCUGCAAUUUCUUGGUGGAUCGAUCUUUGUCACAGUCUGUCAGACUCUUCUCGAAGCUAAAUUAAUCGAGGGCCUUGAUGGCAAAGUCAACCUCGAUGCUAGUACCAUUGCGAAUGGAGGAGCAACAUCCAUACGAACCCAAGUACCGGAUGACAAGCUCGAGUUUGUGCUGCAAGUCUAUAACGAUGCUCUUGGUUCAAUUUGGUACCUAGCACUUGCACUCUCGUGUUUGGUCUUCGCUGCGUCCUUUGGGUUUGAAUGGACUAGUGUGAAAGAUAACAAGGAGAAAGCUCCAGAAGUUCAGGCCUGA